GAGAAAUUAGCAGUAGUGUUCCCUAAACCCAAACCCUAAUAACAUCAAUCACCUCCUCCAUUUACAGUUUAAGUCCCACACCUGUACCUUUUCCCUCCUCUCUCUCUCUCUCUGAGAUACACAGACACCCAUUUUUCGGACUACAUGAAACCUUAGUUAUUGAUUCAGAAACAGAGACAUGGGGAAGUACAUGAGAAAAGCUAAAAUCAGUGGCGACGUUGCCGUCAUGGAGGUCUCUCAGUCCUCUUUCGGCGUUCGAACCAGAGCCAAAACCCUAGCUCUUCAAAGGCUCCACUCAACGACAAGCAGAGCCCAAUCACCACCUCCCCAACACCCAGAAUCAUGUUAUCUUCAGCUUCGCUCUAGGAGGCUCGAAAAGCCUCCGUUGCUCAGCGACAUACGAAAACAACACCAAGAACAACAAAAAUUGCCACCAAAAGAGGGUAGUUGUAGACGAAGCCCUGAAAACAAUAGUGGUGAAAACCUUGAUUCUAGGGCGAGUUCUUGUGUGAGGAUGAGUGUUAUGAAAUCGGGUUCUGUUGGCUCGGUAUCAAUUAGCUGUUGCGAGAAAGAUUUGGGUAGAACCACUGUUAUUGCUGGCAAAGGAGAUGAAACAGAGGAUGACUGUGAUUUUGGCGUUGAGGCUUCUUUUGGAGAGAACAAUUUGGAGUUUGAAGCACGAGAAAGGAGCACUAGGGAAAGCACACCUUGUAGCUUGAUGAGGGACUUGGACAGCAUUGCCACCCCUGGUUCUACUACGAGACCGACCAGGGCUACAACAGCUAAUCGAAGAAUUAGGACUGCCAUGCAAACAAUCGUUCCUACAAUGCAUGAGAUAGAAGAAUUCUUCAGCUGUGUGGAGCAGCAGCAACAGAAUUUUUUUAUGGAGAAGUACAACUUUGAUGUCUUAAAUGAUUUACCCCUCCCAGGACGCUACGAAUGGGUGAAAGUGAAUCCAUAAGCAGGAUACAUGCCAUUGUGGGUUUCUCUUUCCUGCAACUCCUCCAUUGAAAUGUGUUGUGAAUUUUGAAGCCAAGGGGCUGGGUUUAGUGGGGGUGACUCAUUUGUACCACCCUUUCUUAGUCAAUGUAAAAAGUAGUUAUGAAAGAUGUGUAAUUUAAAGUACUGUUAACAUAACAGAGCUGACUAAUUACACACUAAUCAACUAGGAUUGGAAUGGGAAGAAAAGUUACUCUAUCACUGUAACAUGCAAUGGCUGAUAAUGAAUUACCAAAUUCUCG